AUGAGUAAAACAAAAAAAUUCAAAAAGCGCUACGAAACAGACUCGUCGUCCAGUGUCGACUCAGAAGAAGAGCAGCGCAGAAAAGAUCUGAAAGAACGUGAUGAAUUUGCCGACAGACUCAAGAAACGCGAUGGCGAGAAAACUAGAAACAUUAUUCAAGCCUCAGACAGAAGAGCGUACGAGGAAGCGGCUAAAAGGCUUCAGCUGGAAAGUGCCGCGAGAGAAAAAAUCGUUCCCAAGCUCAGAGUUGAAUCCAGACGGAAAUAUCUAGAAAAACGUAAAGAUGACAAGUUACAGGAACUGGAAGCCGAUAUUGUAGACGACGAAUAUCUAUUCGAAGAAGGCAUUUUAACAGAACGCGAAAAAAAGGAAAGGCAACACAAAAAAGAACUCCUAAAAUUAGCUCAGGAACAUGAAAAAGCCAGAGAGUUGGAAAGAGUACAAAGGUAUCACAUGCCCAGAGAUUUGGGCAAAGAUUCGACAUCAGACUACAUUGAAGUGGACGAACUUGAAAAAGUACCACAAUCAGAGCAGAAAAAAUGGGAAAAAGACCAAAUGGCAUCAGCCGUUUUCAAAUUUGGAGCCAAAGAUGCUACAAAAAAAGAUGACUACGAAUUAGUACUGGAAGACCAAAUCGAUUUCAUUCAAGCCUUGCAAAUGCCAGGCUCUAGAGACAAAAUAAAAAAAGAACCAGAACUGUCUGAACACGAAAAGAAAAAGUUAACCAUUGAGGAAACCAAAAAAAGCUUACCUAUAUUCCCUUUUAAAGAUGACUUAAUGCAAGCAGUGCGGGAACAUCAAGUGCUUAUAAUUGAAGGAGAAACUGGCUCUGGUAAAACCACUCAAAUUCCUCAAUACUUACAUGAAGCUGGGUUUACAGAGGAUGGAAAAAAAAUUGGUUGCACCCAGCCACGUAGGGUAGCAGCUAUGUCUGUAGCAGCUCGUGUAGCUCAAGAAAUGGGUGUAAAAUUAGGCAAUGAAGUUGGAUACGCUAUAAGAUUUGAAGACUGCACGUCAGAAAGAACCAUAAUAAAAUACAUGACUGAUGGUACUUUGCAUAGGGAAUUCUUAUCAGAACCUGAUUUGCAGUCCUACAGCGUCAUGAUUAUUGAUGAAGCUCACGAAAGGACUUUGCACACAGACAUUUUAUUCGGACUAGUAAAGGAUAUUGCCAGGUUUAGGCCUGACUUGAAAUUACUAAUAUCAAGUGCAACAUUAGAUGCCCAAAAAUUCUCGGAAUUUUUCGAUGAGGCUCCCAUUUUUAGAAUCCCUGGUAGAAGAUUUCCUGUGGAUAUUUAUUACACCAAAGCCCCUGAAGCUGACUAUGUAGACGCUUGUGUAAUUUCUGUGCUACAAAUUCAUGUAACCCAACCCUUGGGGGACGUUUUAGUAUUUUUAACUGGUCAAGAAGAAAUUGAAACUUGCCAAGAGUCACUGCAAGACCGUUUGAGACGUUUGGGCUCCAAAGUAAGGGAACUCAUAAUAUUGCCUGUAUAUGCUAAUUUACCUAGUGAUAUGCAAGCUAAAAUAUUUGACCCGACUCCACCUGGAGCCAGAAAAGUAGUAUUGGCCACAAAUAUUGCAGAAACUUCUUUGACAAUUGACAACAUAAUUUACGUAAUUGAUCCAGGAUUUGCAAAGCAAAAUCACUUUAACUCCAGAACAAGCAUGGAGAGUUUGAUGGUGGUACCAAUUUCAAAAGCUUCAGCUAAUCAGAGAGCUGGUAGAGCUGGCCGAGUGGCUGCAGGAAAGUGUUUUAGAUUGUACACUGCGUGGUCUUAUAAACAUGAAUUGGAAGAGAAUACAGUGCCAGAAAUUCAACGCAUUAAUUUAGGAAAUGCUGUUUUAAUGCUUAAAGCUUUAGGCAUUAAUGACUUGGUGCAUUUUGACUUUUUGGACCCGCCCCCUCAUGAGACAUUAGUGUUAGCUCUUGAGCAACUGUAUGCUUUGGGUGCUUUGAAUCAUCAUGGAGAAUUAACUAAAAUGGGUAGGAGAAUGGCUGAAUUUCCUGUAGAUCCUAUGAUGGCUAAAAUGUUGCUUGCCUCAGAAAAAUACAAGUGCUCAGAAGAAGUUGUCACGAUCACUGCAAUGUUGUCUGUAAAUAGCUCAGUGUUUUAUAGACCUAAAGACAAAAUAAUUCAUGCAGAUACUGCUAGAAAGAAUUUCUAUCACUUGGCAGGAGACCAUUUGAGUUUAUUGAAUGUCUACAACCAGUGGAAAGAUACUGAUUAUUCUUUACAAUGGUGUUAUGAGAAUUUCAUUCAGUAUAGAUCUAUGAAACGAGCUAGAGAUGUCAGAGAGCAACUAGUAGGCUUAAUGCAAAGAGUCGAAAUAGAAAUGGUCUCUAAUGUAUCAGAAACUGUUGAUAUAAGAAAAGCUAUUACAGCAGGAUAUUUUUAUCAUAUCGCUCGGCUCUCAAAAGGUGGUAGCUACAAAACAGUGAAACACAAUCAGAGUGUAACAGUUCAUCCCAACAGCGCUCUAUUUGAAGAAUUGCCAAGAUGGAUUUUGUAUCACGAACUAGUUUUUACUACAAAGGAAUUCAUGCGGCAAGUAAUUGAAAUUGAGAGCAAGUGGCUGUUGGAGGUGGCACCGCACUAUUAUAAACCCAAGGAACUUGAGGAUUCUACCAAUAAGAAAAUGCCAAAAACUGUUGGGAGAAGCACACGAACUGAAUAA